AUGGCGGGCUCCAACAUCCCCUUCACUCAAAUCAACUUGCAUCACAGCAAAUGCGCCUCGGCGGUUCUAGCCAGGUGCGCAGCUGUGAUGCACACAAAGCACUUAUUCCUCAUCCAGGAGCCGUGGCUCGUCAAGGGACACAUUAAGGGCCUUGGAGGUUGUGGUAAAUUGUUCAAAGCAGACAACGCAGAAAGACCAAGAGCUUGCAUUGUGGCGAAAGGUAUAGAUGCCUGUCUAUUACCACAAUUCAGCGACGGCGACCUAGUGGCUAGGAACUACCCUCCCCAAAGAAACAUGAUAGAGAUAGUAGCAUAUGCGAAGAAAAAGGGACUAGAACUUCUUUUGGGCUGCGAUGCGAACUCACAUCAUUUGGUGUGGGGAAGCUCCAAUAUAAACCCGAGAGGGGAAAGCCUACUUGACUUCAUCAUUAGCACUAACUUGCAAAUCCUAAAUAGAGGAAAAGAACCCACUUUCCUGGACUCUAGAAGACAAGAGGUGAUAGACAUUACGUUGGGCACGAGGGGUGUGGUGGAUCUGGUGGCGGGAUGGAGGGUCUCAAAUGAACCUUCAGGGUCCGACCACAGACAGAUCCGCUUCGACCUUGUGAACUUACAAAAAGAUGAACAAUGGGGGAGAAAUUCCAGGAAAACAAACUGGGAGGGCUUUAAAACCGACUUAGUCAGUCGGCUAAAAAAUACACCGACCAGAUUCCACACAAAGGAGGACUUGGAGAUCGCAGCGAGUUUCGUAAGCGAUGCUAUCAGGGAAUCUUUUGAACUGAAUUGCCCAUUGAGACCGAGAAAUGCCUCGGCCGGGGCCUCAUGGUGGAACGAGGAGCUAUCGGGGCUUAGGACCGGG